CACACCUGUGCCCAGCAGUGCCACCUACCUGUGCCCAGCAGUGCCACCCACCUGUGCCCACCCACCUGUGCCCACCAGUGCCACCCACCUGUGCCCACCAGUGCCACCCAGCAGUGCCCAUCAGUGAAUCCCAGCAGUGCUGCCAGUCAGUGCCACCAGUCAUGCCGCCAGUCAGUGCCCAGCAGUGAUGCCAGUCAGUGCCACCUAUCAGUGCUGUCUAUCAGUACCCAUCAUCAGUGCCACCUAUCAGUGCUGCCUAUCCGUGACACCUCAUUAGUGCUGCCUAUCAGUGCUGCCUUAUCCGUGCCACCUUAUUAGUGCUGCCUAUCAGUGCUGCCUAUCAGUGCCCAGCAAUGCUGCCUCAUCAACGCACAUCAGUGA